UUCCGGAAGUAGAACUUCAUUCCAAAUAUAAAACUCCAAUUGUGGAAAUGUGCCAAAAAUUUUGGAUAUUUGGGGAUUAUGAAAGGUUGGCCGACAUAAUUGUCAGUCACGGUAACUUAACUCAAGGGGACCACGGGGAAGCUAUGACAAUUACCUAACUUUAAACGUGGGCUCGUUCACGCUUUAAUAACUAACUCAUGCCGAGCCAAACAACGUCCCCGCCGCUGACGGUGACUGUGCUCGCGCUGGGGGUCUUUUUGGGUCGCUGCGCUGUCUCCGAGUCCCCGGAACCAGGAUGUGACAGUGGAAAGCUGUCUUUGGAUAGGGACCUACCUGCAGAUGCCAUUUACUGGAACUGUCCGGUGUCUGCCUGGCCAGAGCCUACUCAGAGACUUCCCAGUAUUGACACAGUGUAUGAUCCUGCGCCAGCCAGACAGAUCUGUAUGGAUAAACCCAUUUCCUACAACCACACCAUUCCCAACAGUGGAGCAUACAGACCAGUAAUGGCAGAGAGUGGAGAGUACUUGUUCUGUCCUCCUCAACGGUGGCUCAAUAACUUGCAUCAUGGAGUGCCUGUUUUACUCUACCACCCCUGUGCUCCUCUCCAAGAGCAUCUCUCUCUCUCUGUCCUGGCCCGCUCCUGUCUGCCAGACUACAUCAUUACCUCACAUCCACAACUCAGUAAGCAUAUGCCAAUAGCCGCGGUAUCCUGGGGUCAUACUUUGGAGCUGGCCACAGUGGCAUCUUUGGACAUCUGUGGUUGGCUGGAGACCAAAACAACCACAAGAAAAGAGCCCGGUGGUGUGAGCCAGAGCAGGAAAUACAACCUGCUGUUGACUUGGCCAGCGGAGCAACACAGACAGCAACAUCCAGAGAAACACUCAACAAAAAUUAAGGAGUCUCUCAGGCGGUGCUGUGAAGAGACCAUCUCUUCUCUCCUGAAUGGAGCAAUGGAGGCAGAGCUCAGUUCCAGUAUGAAAAAGGAAAGCUUAAAAAACACAAAAGGAAAAGGCACAAACAGGCAAAUUAGAGCUGCCAUCAGAGAAACACAAGAGAAUGUUAAGUAUGAGAACAAGAUAGCCAACACAACACAUGCUUCAGGUUUUUUGAGCAACAAUACCAAUACAGGGCUGGUUCAGAACUUGAGCACGCUUGGACCAUCAGCAGAUUUGCCGCCAGGGAACAGGGCUCUCUCAGAUUCUCCUUCUCAAUCCAAGGUCCACAGUUUAAAUCAGGCCCUUACACCAAGGACUACAACUUUGCCUGCACUUGGAAGUGGGGCUUCUGAGACCCAGAAAGGCAGGCUAAUGCUGCAGAAAGCAGCAGAGCAGCCCAGUCCUAAACAUACCAAUCCAAGAAACCCUAACCCCUCAGCUGGGGUGUAUGCUCUUGCAGCUGCUGUGGACAUAGAACAUAAUGGCACAUCCAGGCCCAGAGCCCUGGCCCUUAGUUCCAGAGAUGAAGGCUCUGCCAAACAGAAAGAAAAAGACUCCUCUAAACACAACCUGAAAGAGAAUGACUCUCAAGAAAGAAACUUGGAUAAAGAUAUCACACCUGAUGGCGGGAUGAGAAGUAAUGCAGUAAUAGAAGUAAAACAAAGAGAGGUGGAGCAAAAGCAAACACAUAGUAACAACACUGGCUUUGACUCUGUUUCCAAAUCCCAAUCAGAGUCUCCACCCCAGUCACAACACCACUCAAACUCAAAGCUAGUCCAUUACCUGCCUAACACCCAUGACUGUGAUGGCUGCAAAGCAGGCGAACACUGUGAAUGCAGCAAGGACACAGGGGCUGAGACCCGAGCUGCUGCUGUGAAAAAUGGGUUGCCAAGGACCCCCAGGUCAGACGAGGCGGUGUGGGCAGCAGCCGCACUGGGCUUCUUGCUGGUUCUCCUGACGCUGUCAGUGCUUCACACCCGCCUGUACCGCCACUGGAGGACCACGCCCAGUUUUUACUGGCAUGACCCACGACAGGACUAUGACAGCGUGGCAGAUGUGAUUCGCAGAAGGUUGAGAAUUGCGAAGAAAAGGCGGAAAAGAGGCAGAAGACAGGAGUGUGUUCUCUUGCCAAGCUCCUCCAGCUCAGAUGAAUGUCUUUAAAAAAAAAGAUCGAAAGAUCCAAAAGAAUGUCAAGUAACAGUUCAAGUCUCAUUGCACAUAGAGGAGGAUGAUAAGUGUGUUUCCAUAUAUGUAAUGUAUUGUACCUACGACAGGGCUGAAGUGAAAUAGUUGAAGCUGGAGGUUCAGUGAGAUCUUGUAUCCAAAUUGAUUGGAAACAAGUUGACAGAGGACCUGUCCCGUCGGUUGCAUUUGGAUUGUUUAGAUUGUGACUGUCGCUAUAUCCGUUUCUCUACGUGAAGGAAAGGAGAAAGGAAAACUGCCAAUUGACCAUCCAAAACAAGAGCACAGGCCUUGUCAAUUUUUCUACCUGAUGUUUGUUUUUAUUAUUACUCAUUGUCGGUACUGUAUUUUUUAGGAGUAGUUUUAUAUGUGGCUUUUACAUGUGAAGGUUUUAGUGUGCUAAUAAGUAAGUUGCUGUUCUAAGCGAUGUUAGAUAAACUUCAGGGAAAGCUUUACAGAAGUGUGUGGAGUACUUUUUGAAAUGUUAGAUGUUAGGAUGUUUUCUCAACACCAUAAGCAAAUGUCGGCAUCCAAAUGUUUACUGAAUUUACCGUAAUUAUACAUUUUAUUGUAACUCAAAUUAUAGCUGGACCAAUACUGGAUUUUUUUGGGCUGACACCAAUACCGAUACGUGUGCCAAAAAAUGUAAAUGUGAAAACAUCUUUGGAAGAAUUACUUAAAUUUGCCAUUCUCUUUAUCUUUGGCAUUUCUGUCUUGCUUGUUUUUUUACUUACUGUAUUGGUUGACAUACACAGAACAUUUGUAAAGGAAAGACAUCAAAUUUGGGCAAAGAUAACUAGAUUAAUGGCAUGAAAUAAAAUGGUGCAAGAAUUUUUUUCAGAUUUCAGUAGGUAUUCAGAACCUUUACUGUCAUACUAAACUGUAGUCAGGAGCAUCCUGUUUACUUGACCUACCCUAGAGAUGUGUCUAGAACUUGAUUGGAGUUACCUGUGGCAAUUUGGACACCUGUGUAUACAAGAUCCCGCAAUUCAUACUCUGUGUCAGGGCAAAAACUAAGCCAUGAAGUCUGA